AUGUACAUUAGUGUUCAAGGCCAUUCCAUUCCUAUGAAGAUGAUUGGUGACAGAAAUUUCACAUUCUCAGCAUUAGGUUCAAAGUACGGGCACCACGUGGACGAGCUGGAUGUAAUCACAGACGAUGGAUAUAUUUUGAAAAUGUAUCACAUCCCUGGCGACAGGACUAGGCCAGUUCUUCUGCUACCUGGGAUGAUUCAAGACGUUGAAGUAUUUAUAGUUAGAGGAAAUAAAUCCUUAGCAAUAACUCUUGCCAACAAUGGCUACGAUGUAUGGGCUCUUAACCCAAGAGGAAUCAUACAUUCUAGAAAUCAUGUUCACCUGAAUCCUGAUCUUGACUUGAAAUUCUGGGACUUCAGUUUCCACGAAAUGGGAUAUUAUGACCUUCCAGCAGCGAUAGAUUACGUCUUAGAAAGAACAAAGGAGCGGCAGCUGAGCGCUAUAGGUUACUCCCAAGGCAAUACAAUAUUUUAUGUGCUGGGAUCAACAAGGCCCGAGUAUAAUGACAAGAUCAAGGUAAUGAUAGCACUCGCGCCAGUUUGUUUUCUACAUCACUUGAAACCACUCACAUCCUCCUUAUUGGCGAUGGUGCCAUCUGUCGGCUAUUUGUUACGCUCUAUUGGAAUGGAAGAAUUGUUAAAUGAUGACUCUUUGAUAAAACGUCUAUUUCAAAUGUUAUGUAGUCGAAAGGGGAUAGGCUAUGAGCUCUGUAUACAAGAUUUAUUUUUCGAAAUUGGUGGAAAUCAUCCGGAUGAAUUAAAACCUGAAAUAGAACCUGAAUUUUUACCUUACAUCUUUGCCAACUAUCCUUCCAGCACGUCCAGAAAGAACAUAGUGCAUGUCAGUCAAGUUGCAUUACGCAGGAAAUUUGCUCAAUAUGACUACGGUCCAAAACAAAACCUUGCUCUGUACAAUGCCCGCUCUCCACCAAAGUAUGAUUUACGAAAAGUGAGAAUGAAAAUAGCUCUCUUUUUGAGUGACAACGACGGUAUAUCUACAAUAGGAGAUACGCAACUCUUAAGGAACAUGUUGCCCAGCGUUGUGGACUACCACCUAUUAUCAGGGAAGAAGCUCAACCACUUUGACAUGGUAUGGGGACGAAAUAUUGACAAAUAUCUGUUCCCGCACAUAUUAUCUGUAUUAAUUAAAUAUGAUUAG